GACAUGUUCACACCGUCUGUUAGCAGAUGAAGUUACCUUUUGCGACGAAGCCGGUCAUAACCGAUGCACAAAUCUCAGUUUUUGUUAUUCAACCCUAAAUCUUCUACUACAAUUCCAGUCACAUCUAGGAUGCAUUAUAGGGCGUUUCAAUGUUGUUUUGGGUUGCUAAGAUGCAGGAUAAUCAUCAAAAUCCACAGCAACAUUUAUCUAUGAAUGAAAACGCAUCUGAUUCUUCAGAUGAUGCAAGUGGCACAGACAAUCCUGAUGAUUUACCCCACAGCAAUGUUACUGCCACUUCAAUUACUAUAAAAGGGGCAAGACCUAAAGUUUACUCAUCUCUUUUAACGUUAAGUAAGUCCAAGUCAGCACGUUUCAGUCAGAAAGCUGAUGAAGGGCAAGAUAAUGCUUGUCAGGAAAACACCUCUGUAGACUUAAAUUUUUCUUCCUUGACUACGUCAAGCAGCUUUCUGUCGAACCGUCAUUCCAUUUUACCAGAUAUAAAACCUUUAAAUUCUAUUCAAGAGAAUCCUUGCGACCAAGAUGAACCUUUGCAAAGAUGGAAAAAUGCAGGAAAGGCCUUACGUAAAGCUUUAUCGUCUUCAACUUCAUCUUUCGCUGUGUCAUCUCCCUUAACUAGUUACGUCAAUCAGACAUUUCACUUUUCAACACAAACCUUGCCAUUGAAAGGUAAGGGGGCAAUGAGAAACAGUCGCUACCAUUUGGCAAGAAGAAAUUUAAUGGAUAAUGAUUCGAUUGCCGUUUGUGAAACAUCUAAGCUUCUAAAUGAUAUGCCUAUACCUUCUCCUAUUCUGUCUACAAAUAAAAUGCCCUUAUUGUCGACAGUAGACUCUGCUAAUGUCGAUAUAAAUAUAGAUAACCAAGCAGAAUUAUUAAAAAAUUCUGUUGCUAUUUCACUGCCCAAACCAACGCCUUAUACUAAACACCAAAAAGAUGAUAAUUGUUCAAAAUCUGAAAAUGAAAUUGAUCUAAAGACUGACAGUUGCAUGCUUGAACGAAGCCCUGGAAUGUUUAAUUUACGUGCAGAUGAUUGUGACCUAACCCAAACCACAGACCACAAUAACUCAAACUGCAUGUUGUCUUCUUCCCACACAGACUUAAAUCUAAGUCGUUAUCAGAAACAAAUUAUUUCUUACCCUCAUCAGCUGAAGACUACAUCGGCUCCUUUUACAGCCGUCACCAAAAUAUCAACGUCGCCUGUAUGUUCCUUCGAAGACAGUUCACAUAGUAUUCAAGCUCAGACCUUUAAAAUGCUGGAAUGUAGGCUGAGCCGUCUCAUAAGUAGUGAUGAUAAAAGCUUCUUUGAAUUGUCCAGUAGUGAUUCAGACAUAACCGAUUGUAGUUCAAUAUUCGAAGAUGAUUACAUACGGAAUUCUUCACAUCAGCAAUACCGGGGAACUGCUCAAAACGAGGAACAAGAACCGAAGAAACAGAAACGAAAAUCUCAGACUUUAAGAAAGCACCGCAAUGGAGAAACUGCUUGUUCAUCUGAUUCCAUACACGAAGGAACUAAAAAUUACUUACGACAGAAGAAGAAAAUGAAAGGUGGAUUAGAAGAAACAGUUGAAAAUGUACCAUUAAUAGCCGGUGGCUGCUUAGCUGCGUUACAUUCUAAUGUACCCUGUUUGGGUUUGAGUCACUCGAGUGAAACUGAUUCAGACGCCGCAGCAAAAACUGUGACUCCUCACUGGAGGUUACGGAAACGUUCUGGAAUUGUAUCUAAACGACAUGAAAAUACAACAGAAAAUAACUCGAAGGACAAUGAAGAAUUCAAGUUGCCACCAUUGCCUUCAAAACAAGGUGCAAAAGGGAAUCGGAGAUACAUGAGAAACAGUGCUCCUGUUAAGGAACGGUUGGGCAACUGUAACCCCACCGAUCCUGUAUUGGGUAAUUUACAGAGCUCUCGGCCGUCGCUUGUUAAUUACAGCAGUUCAAGCAGCUUGGACAUUUUAAAUGUUUGUGAUCCUGACCAAGCUCUACCUCCAUCUUGGAACAUUGUUGAUAGUUUAAACACAGAGGCAGAUAAAGCAAGCAAAGCUUUGCCAACCGGGGGAGUCGCCGAAGACUUCAAUAGCUGUGACCAAGAGAAAAACACAGAAAAGUCACAGAUACGAACUUGGCCUUUAUUAGACGAUUUAUAUAGUUAUUCCAAUGAAAACGUUUCCAGUUUAAUUAAUGUGGGUUGCAGUCAAAACGAUGUACAUUGUUCGGAUGAGGAUGAUUAUACAGGACUCAAUCAAGCACAUUGUGCUUGUAAUAAAUGCAAACCAUCUACCUGGGAUUUCUGGGAUUUACCCCCCAGUGAGUCAACAUUAAUUGACAUUGCAAUCGAUGCUGACUGCCAUAGCGAAUCUGAUACGCAUUCAGAUCUCGAGAGAGACUCUGACAGUGCCGACGCUGAUGAUGAGUUUGAGUGUGACUGCAUCCAUUGUUUACAGAUGAGGGAAGUACUCGGUCACCGACACAACUCUGAGGGAGCAAGCUUUGACAGAGGUGACUCUGAUCUCACAACUACAACAGCAGCAAUCGUUGCCAACAGCAGCUCACUGCCCUACACUAUGUCCACUUCGUCGUCGCUCCAGUUUGCUACGAGACUGUCAACACCUUUAAACCAAGACCAUAACCACUGGUCAACUGCGUUGUCAGAAGAUAGUCAGUUAGACAUUGCUGAACUGAAUCCCUUAGACUUAUUAUUGAUGCGCCAAGAUGCACGGAGAGAUAUGUUGGAACUGAUGUUUCAGAAUGUUAUUUUGCAGAUGCUGGCUGUCCAUCCAGAUUUACUCAAUGAUCAAGCCCCACCCCCUGCUCCUCUGACUCUCAUUGACAACUUGCAGACUGUCGUUGUGACACAGGAAGAUAUCAAUGAAGAAGCCAGCUGUCCAAUCUGUUUAUGUCCAUGGGAAUUAGAAGAGAAAAUGGCUAAACUACCAUGUCAUCAUCUCUUCCACAUGUUAUGUAUUCGGGCAUGGCUUAUAAAGUCUGGUACGUGCCCUGUCUGUCGCCAUGUAUUAUAGCCUCCCAUAACACUUCAUUGUUUUUUUUAAAAAUCCCCUCUCUCUGCCCCCUUUUUUUUUUCUGAUGUUUUAAUCAUCAACCAAAUUAAACUCAUUAAUGAGUUACAUCUACCAUGAACCUGUUAAAUCUUAUAAGAAUAUUUAGAGGAGAAUAAUCAACUUGAAUGCUGUGGCAGUUUUUACACUUUUACCUAUUCGUUACUGUUGGAUUAUAAAAUAUGAAUUUGAUCCAUGUUAUUAUUAUUAUUAUUAUUAUUAUUAUAUUCUAAGCUCAUAACAUGGCUACUGCCAUAUUGUCACUGUAGCCAAGACAUCAACCAGCCACAUGGAAGAUGAACUUCAUUGAAGGGGUCUCAAAGACUGACUUUACUAUUGUUCCCCAUCUCAGCAAUGUUUGUCUAUUUCUUUUUUACUACGGACUGCUUAAGUCUUUUUUUUUUCAUUUUUUUAUUUUUCAAUUUAUUUAUUUAUCUAUUUAUUUAUUUAUUUAUUUAUUAAUUUAUUUAAAAAAAAAAAGAAAAAUUUUCGGUUACUCUUCUCGGUGCUCUGGCUGUAAAUAUUUUACUAAACCGAGAAAGAGAAAUCCUGAGUCUAUUGCUGCAUAUUUAUUUAAUUGCUUCUUUGUUUUCAGUGCAACUGUUUCAAACACAAGUCCACCAAGCUGCUAAAUCUUUUAUAUCUAUAUAUAUAUGUAUCACUCAAUCUUCACACACGCUCACACACAUAUGUACAGACAUACAUACAUAUACAUAUGUAUACUAGCACACUCACAUAUAUAGACAUAUAUAGUUUAUUU